UGGGCCCUCCAGAAUAAAUUGAUCCGUCGACGCGCAGCCUGCCGCUUCUUGUUUACCUGUAUCACUACUAAAUUAUGUCAGACAAAACGGAGGUUAAUCUGACUGGAGUCAAACAAAGUAAAGGCGUGUGGCUUGUAAAGGUUCCCAAGUAUUUAUCUCACCAAUGGGACAAGGCCACCGAGAAGGGCGAGGUCGGAACCCUUACCAUUGGAAAGAAGCAAGGCAAAACAGAGGUACAUUUCAGCCUGAAUGAGGAGCUGACUGCCCUGGGCGCUCUGGGGGAGAAGGAUGCAUCACUGCAGGUCCCGAGGGAUCAUCCCUUCACUAUGAACACAGUGGGUGGACAGACCAUGGCUGUCUUCAGCCACAGCGAGGCAGGUGAAAUCAGUCUGGAGGGCAUGGUGGUGCACAGAGCUGAAUGCAGGCCGGUCGUCAAUGACAACUACAUGAAGCUGAAGAAACUGCAGAUUCAAGAGACCACCAAGCCUCAGCGUUUGUCACAGCAGCUGGAGAAAGCCAUCACUACCGUCUUCAAGCCUGUGGCCAACCACGAUUUCAAUGUGGAGUAUGAGAAGAAGAAGAAGUCGGACGGGAAGAUGGUGAGGGCUGAGCGACAGGUCGUGCUCGACAUGCUCUUCUCUGCCUUUGAGAAGCACCAGUAUUACAACAUUAAGGACCUGGUGGACAUCACCAAACAACCUGUGACCUACCUGAAAGAAAUCAUGAGGGAAAUUGGGACGUACAACAGCAAGGGAGCUCAUAAAAGCACCUGGGAACUGAAGCCAGAGUACCGACACUACCAGUCUGCCGAGGAAGAGGAGGAGAUGCAGACCGCCUAGUUCCAGCGAGUUCCUCCGAGCCUGUUCACCGAUGUCGGUCUCAUCUCACAGGAAAGAACAGAGCUACAACCUGAGAUCUCAGCUGGGUCAUAUUUGUUAAUAUCUCAGUGAAUUCCUGAAUGUAGAAAAAGGAAAUGCACAUAUGCAGGUAGCAUGUGAUGUUUGAGUUUAAACUGCAUUAGCCAGCAACAUAAAUAAACAGAUUGUUCCCCCCCUUU